AUGCUUCUACUUUUCGAUCACAGUUUCGUUAUUCUUAUAGAACAAAAUUAUGAAUUAAAUACUGUGGCUGCAACUGUUACAACAGCAACUACGACACCUGCGACGGUGACUGCCGCUGCCAUAACUACGCCUACCUUACCUGUCACUACUCUUCAAACGGUUCAAGCACCUACACCACGCCAAACUACAGAUAAUACCAAAGAAAAGUGUUGCAAAUUUCUAGCAAACUUAUUAGAGUUGUCUAGUCGAGAACCUAAAGCGGUGGAGAGAAAUAUUCGAACUUUGAUACAAGAAUUAAUUGAUACUAAAGUUGAAUCCGAGGUGUUCUGUGAUAGACUUGUAAGAUUAUUGAAUGCAUCACCUCAACCAUGCCUGAUUGGAUUUCUCAAGAAAAGUUUGCCAUUUUUACGGCAAUCCCUCGUGACCAAAGAAUUGGUCAUAGAGGGGAUAAAACCUCCUCCAGCUAAUGUUGUCAUUCCUAUAACAUCUGCUACUCCCGUGGUACCACAGCAGAAUCAGCUUAGACCAACUGUUGCUGUGGCAGCUGCAACAGUUCCCGCAUCUGCUGUUAGUGCAACUACGCAAGUUAGAGUAAUGACUCUAUUACCUACACCUACAACUACAAUCCCCCGACCCGCUCAGCCAGUUCAACAAAGGCUGAUACGACCUGUUACAACAGUAGUUCGUAGUCCUACUACAGCUGUGACUGGAAUCAGACCAACACUUCCCACAAUUCAAAAACCACCUAUUAUAACGACUGUUGUUAAACAGAUAACAGCUACAACGCAAGACAAGACAGUUAACACAGCCACUACUGUUAAUAAAGCCGUUGUGCUUUCUUUCGUCCCAAAGCCAGUUACUAAAGAGAAAGAGAAAAAAACAUUUUCAUCUGCCGGAUAUACGGGAGAUGAUGAUAUCAACGAUGUCGCGGCUAUGGGUGGUGUUAAUCUUGCCGAGGAAUCGCAAAGAAUUCUCGACUCGACAGAAUUCGUCGGCACACAGAUCAGAUCCUGUAAAGACGAAGUGUUCUUACAUAUGACACCUUUACAACAGAAAAUUAAACACAUUGUUUCUACGUAUGGAUUAGAAGAACCAAAUCAGGAA